UGCUGAGACCUUCUCUGUUCCAGCUGAGAUACCAACAAGCAGGUGCUGGAGUAGGAGCAGAGCCCUGAGCCCAUAGCCUGGAAAACUUUCAUUGCUGCUUCUUGCACAGGAGACUCACAGGCCUGGCAUCUGAAGACUUGAGAGCCCCGUCCAAGGAACAAAGGUUAUAUUUAUUCACCAAAGUACCAAUGGGAAUCAGCCAAGACUCUACCUAAUCAAGAGGAUGGACAGAAAACCGACCUGCAUUGAGAGCCCAUCUCUAGGUUCUGAAAAGGAACCUCUGACCUGCAGGGCUCGGUCAGAGUGUAAAAAGGAUGGACAGCUACUGAGGAACUGCAAACCCUCAUUGCGUCUCUCCGAAGAGCUUAACAAGGUGCAUCCCAGUCCUGGAGAAAGAGGAGAACCAGGAAAUAUAUCCAACAAAUACUUGGCUGUACAGAGUCCCGAUGCACCUUGCAAUGGCAUGAGAAAUGGCGGCGAUGAAGGCUCAGCCCCUACACUUAUUGUCCUUCCUGCUUGUAGAGCUGAGAUACAACUUCUGCAGACGGAGAUAGGAGAAAGAGAGACAUGGAGUAAAAAAAUUGACUUUCUUCUAUCUGUUAUUGGAUAUGCUGUGGACCUGGGAAAUGUGUGGAGAUUUCCUUACGUCUGUUACCAGAAUGGAGGAGGGGCAUUUCUUAUCCCAUAUGUGAUCAUGGCUGUUUUUGGUGGGAUCCCAUUGUUUUAUAUGGAGCUGGCCAUGGGUCAGUAUCACAGGAAUGGCUGCAUUUCUAUAUGGAGAAAAAUCUGUCCCUUAUUUAAAGGAAUUGGCUAUGCCAUCUGCAUGAUCGCUCUUUAUGUCGCAUUUUAUUACAACACCAUUAUGGCCUGGGCUCUCUACUACCUCAUAUUCUCAUUCCGCUCCGAGCUGCCCUGGACCAGCUGCCUCAAUGAGUGGAACACGGGCAACUGCACCAACUACUUCCAAAACAGCAGCGUCAGCUGGUCUAACAGCUCCAUCUCCCCCGCAGAGGAAUUUUACACCCGGCUAGUGCUUCAGAUACACAAGUCGAAAGGUCUGCACGAUCUUGGGGGAAUCAGCUGGCAGCUCACUCUGUGUCUGCUCCUCAUAUUCAUUGUGGUCUAUUUCAGCAUAUGGAAAGGAGUGAAAACAUCUGGCAAGGUGGUGUGGUUUACGGCUACAUUUCCUUACAUUGUGCUGACCCUCCUGUUAAUUCGAGGAGCUACACUUCCUGGUGCCUGGAGGGGAGUUCUUUUCUACUUGCAGCCCGACUGGGACAAGCUUCUCACUACUGCGGUCUGGGUUGAUGCUGCUGCACAGAUAUUUUUCUCUCUUGGCCCGGGCUUCGGAGUAUUACUUGCAUUCGCCAGCUACAAUAAAUUCCACAACAACUGUUAUCAGGAUGCUUUGGUUACCAGCACAGUCAACUGUAUGACAAGUUUCAUGUCCGGGUUAGUCAUUUUCACUGUCUUGGGUUACAUGGCAGAAAUGAGGAAUCUGGACGUCUCAGAAGUGGCCAAAGAUACAGGUCCCAGCCUAUUGUUUAUCACCUAUGCUGAGGCCAUUGCCAAUAUGCCGGCGUCUACCUUCUUUGCCAUUAUAUUCUUUCUGAUGCUAAUCACUUUGGGUCUGGACAGCACGUUUGCAGGGCUGGAGGGGGUCAUAACGGCAGUGCUGGAUGAAUUCCCACAUAUAUGGGGAAAGCGCCGAGAGCUGUUCGUCUUCCUUCUAAUCUCAGUCUGCUUCCUGGGGUCCCUUUCCACACUAACAUUUGGUGGCGCCUACAUGGUGAAGCUGUUUGAGGAAUAUGCCACCGGUCCCGCCGUACUGACAGUUGUAUUUCUGGAGGCCAUUGCUGUGUCUUGGUUCUAUGGUAUCAAUCAGUUCUGCAGAGAUGUCAGAGAGAUGUUGGGUUUCAGUCCGGGAUGGUUCUGGAAGAUCUGCUGGGUGGCCAUCUGCCCCCUGUUCCUCCUGUUCAUAAUUUGCAGCUUCAUGUCCAGCCCUCCGGAUCUACGGCUCUUUGACUACCAAUAUCCCAGCUGGACUGUGGUGCUUGGCUAUUGCAUUGGGACAUCCUCGUUCAUCUGCGUUCCAGCAUACAUGGUGUACCUACUCACCAGCACGCCUGGCUCAAUAAAAGAGCGCUUUUUGAAGAGCAUUACCCCAGAGAUCUCGACAGAAAUACCCCUUGGUGGCAUCCACAUGAACGCUGUUUAACCCGAAGGAAGACCUUUUAUCAGUCCACUUUGCGAACUCUUCAUCCUCCAUUCCGUGCCUAAGGGAAACUCUUCCACACCAUGGACUCCACAGUUCAUACUCCACCACCACUGGAGAUUCACUUCUCGAGAGGCAGGUUGCACUCAUUGCCUGCUGAACAUUUCAAGAGGAGAGUUAGCAAGGAAUUUAUGGCAGUUUAGGAUUGAGCGAGACAGUGGGAAGGUGGUUUCUGUAUGACAAGGUAAUGCUCUUAGUCAUUAUGACUAAAAUAUGUUUAUGCAGUUGUAGGGAGGGAUGGGUGCCAUUUUGGCCUGCAUGAUGCACUUGAAGGUGCCAUUAACACUGCAUCUUUAUCCUACAUUCUAAUGGAGACUACCACUAACUAAAUACUUAGGAAUCCAUUUUAAAUAUAAAUAUAAUGUCCUGUAGUUUCUUUAUGUCAGAGUUUGUAUUUUUGAUAUGUUGAUACAAGAGUAAAAAAGGGAUUGAAUGAAAGGGGCAAGAGCCCAUAUGCCAAAUAUGACUAGUCACUGUUACCUCUCUAGGAGGAAAAGAGUUAACAGGUUAUGGGAAGCACACAAAAUACCCUGGACAGCUUAGAUAUUGUUUUAGAACCAGAGAUGUAGAAGUAAAACCGGAGAUCACUUUAGGUAAAGGACAACGUUUUGACACAAACUCCAUGGGUUCUGGGCUCACAAAGUCAGAACCCUGAGCAAAGAGAUCACAGGGCUUUUAUAAACUUGUAAAAAAGGAGAGCAUAGAGCUAUUGUUCCACAGCACAGAAGAGACAAAGAACUGCUCCUACAGCCAAGCAUGUGGCUCUACUCUCAAGGCCAGGAUACUAGCAACUAGACUAAGGCUUGAAAACAGAAUCCAUCCCAGUCAUGGGAGCUCACGGGGAAUAUGCAGACACAGAAUUUUAUUCUCUUUAAAUGUAAAUGGGUGAAAAUCCCUCUUUUCCAUUCCUGUCAUGGGACGCUUUUCUUUCUUUCCAUCAAGAAGGUAUAGAAGUAAAACCCAAAUGGCACCUGUUGUGUAAAGAAUUAACCUAACACAGCCAUAAAGCCAAGGUAUUGGAUAGUUUUGAAUAGUCUUGAGCCCAACAUUCUGAAAGCUGUGUAACUAAGUGCUCAAAGUGCUGCAGAGAAAUUCAGUUGAAUACAAUGUGACCAUAAAUAUAUAGAAACUGAUGGUACUGUCUAUACAUAUAUGUGCCACAAUAUUUGCUUCAUGUCUUUGUUGGGGACAAAUAACACCGAUGUAUAACAGUCAGACAGAUAUAAGUAGCCUGUAGAUCCAUCUGCUGUUUUUUUACUCUUCUGUAGAAGAAUGUGACCUGUUUUCAUUCCAAUGCUUUAACUGUAACACGCGGCAGGUUUUAUUGGGGUACCUUAACAGUCUAUGGAACCUGUCUAAGAUAUGGACCUCACAUUAGACCAAAAGGAUUUGUACUAAAAAUAAUCUCUAAAGGUGUCAAUGGAUCUUUCAAAAUAUCGUUCAUGUCCAAUACUAACUGUGGAAUUUUUAGAUAUACAGGUAGAAACAAUAGAAUUGUACCUGUAUCAUCAGCACUAAAAGUUGCCAAUGUCCAGGUGCCUUCAAAGGGGCCCGAUCAAAAUUUUUUGGCCAGCCUGAUUGAUGAGCCAACCGAUAUCCAAGUCUUCUGCCAAUAUUGAUCGACUCGUCUCCUGCCCAAUGACACAGCGAAUAUCGUCCGAAACGAUAUUUAUGGUGCGUCUAAGACCACCUUAACUCCAAAAAUCUACAAUUGGAAUGGACAGUAUUAUACUUGGUUUGGAAAUGGGUCAUAGGGUUCAGAUCAUUCUUUUUUAAAUGUUGUUGGGUGACCCUGAUAAAGCUGCAGUUUCUUCUAUGCUCUGUAUCUUCAGAUGAUCAAGGAAGCAAUGGCAAAGUCUAAGAAUAUAAAGAAAGUGCUGUUAUAUGUAACUGUCAUUGCAGUGCUGUCCUGCUUCAUAGUUCACAGCUCUAGAACAGUCUCUAUAAUAUUGUCCUAGCACCUCCUUUAAGACUUUGCAGUUAGAGUGAUAUUAGGACUUUUUUGCUGGUGCCGAGAAGGUUAUAGAGUAAGUCAUACUAAGACCUGGCUAUGGAACGUGUGUGCUAAUUUGCUAAAGAAUGGCUAUUCAAUUUAAGUACCAUGAGCAGGAUAUGGCCCACUCAAACAUGUGUUGGUUCCCAGCCUGCCAGUGGCUUUAUAUAAGUCUAUAACACAACUAGGAAUGUGCAUAACCCAAACUGUACUUAUUUGUUCUACAAGAAGCCAUUUUAAAGCUUUGUCACCCCAUAAAUGAGAGCAAUAAAGCAGUUAGGCCACCAGUGAUGGCUCUCAGGCCAGUGAGCUUUAGAGUUUCUGUUGUGAGCAGCUCAGUACAGAUUGCAUGGGGCCUGCCUGGCAGUUUCAGUAUUUUGGGAGAACGUGUUGAUCUAAAGGUAUAAAACAAGGUGUUUCAUGCACAAUGGGAAUCAUCUUCCAGCUCUUUGGUAGUCAGAAAUUUAAUGAGACAGGAAUGACCUGUACUUUUCAAGUUACUAUUUAAAGCAGAUUUACGAGGGUUAACUCUGGCUUAGUCUCAGCCAUGUAAUAUUAGUAUUUCUUAGUUAAGCUAGCAACAGUAACAGCGCAUGCAGAGCUAACAUAUUGUGUGCACUGCUAUCCAAGAAGAACAGAAGAAGUACAUUCACAGACACUAGCUUAGCAUACGUUUUCUCUUAUAAACAUUACUACAUUUUGUUGUGCGGGUUUUUGUGUCCCCUAUUGCAUGGUGCUUCUAAUCACAGAAAUAUUCCUUAUCUGGAAUUCCCUAGGUCCCCAUUGUUCUGGAUAAUAGAUCUUAUACCUGUAGCUGCUUUAUAAUAACAUUUAUCUAUCCUUCUUUUUGUAUCCAUUAACUUUUUGGAACACGCAGUGAACUAUUGGAUGUUGUGCACACAUUGACAACCCAAAAUCCAUUGUUCUGAGCAUUUGGCUUGGGGGUUGAUCAAUCACAUCACUGCAAUGAAAGUGGCUCCAGUUCAUUCCAUUGGCCAUUAGGCUUAUAUAGUACAUAUGCCAGGAGGAGUUUAUCAGCCAACAAGGUUUUUUUUGUUGGAAAUUUAUUGUGAUUGAGUGUGCAAUUAUUUAGGACCCACCACAUGAACCAUCUUGGACGAUCAGACCAUGUAUAGAUGGUUUUGGAGGUGCACACAGUAAAAUGACCACAGUAAUCUGCAAGAAAAAACUUUAGAUAACUUUCCCUUCCUCAAUUGGAGCGGGUUUGCACUUGGACAUUGCAUGAAUAAGACCUUGCACAAGUUGGUUCCCCUGGACUGACACAUUGGGGCAAAUUCCUCAAGAUUCGUAGUUGCGCCAGGCGUAAC